AUGUCAGACUUUAGCAAGAGAGGUGCAUCAGUAGCUGUCCGCAGCAAGGGAAUUACUCCCUCUUCAAGAGACGUGGCCAGUUUGAAGGAUAUAGCAUCUCAAAAUGUCCAUUCUCAUGCUAAAUUUCAAGCAUAUGAAAUGGAUGUCACUCAGUCUGGAGAAGUGGCAUACGUUGGUAGGAGCCAUUGUUGUGAUUUUUCUUCUAAUACUCCACUUAGUGCAGUUGUUAAUAAUGCUGGCAUAAUAAAGGAUGCCUUGCUGCUGAAAAUGACUGAGGAAAACUUUGAUGAUGUCAUCAGAGUCAAUUUAAAGGGACCCCUUCCUUAUCACAAAAGCAUUGCUAAGUAUAUGGUAGAGAACAAAGUCAACAAUGGUUCUAUAGUGAAUAUAUCCAAUGGUUAUAUUGGUCAAACUAACUAUGCUGCAGCCAAAGGAGGUCUCAUGUCAAUGACACUUACCUGGGCUAAAGAACUAGGAAGUUUUGCAUUCUUGGUAUCUGAUAAAAGUAGCUAUGUAUCUGGUUCUCUCAUUGAAAUUACAG